AAAACGGCACGCAAUCUCAUAAAAAGGAAGAAACAGAACAUAAAAUUAAAAAAAUAUCUCUCCACCUCUCUCUCUCUCCUUAUUGAUUCUAUCGCUCUCUUGCUCUCAAAGACGUAUCUCUAUUGAGUCCGAUCCAAAAGAAAGGAGCAACCUUUGAACUCUGUUUGUGUUUUGCUUGAUUGUUUGAAACUAUGAGUGCAUCAUGGGCUGACGUGGCUGACUCAGAGAACAACACUGCCUCUGGGUCCACUAGUCAAAAACCUCAACAACCUUCACGACCUGCUUAUGUUCCUCCACAUCUAAGGAACAAGCAACCAUCUUCUUCCGACCCUGUUGCUGCUCCCUCACCAGCUAAUGAUCGUGUUGGUUACAAUGGUCCACCUUCUGCCUCUCGUUGGGCUCCCUCUGGUGGUAGUGGUGGUUACAGGGCUGAUGCAGGGCGUCCACGAGGAACCGGCGGUGGCUGGAACAACAGGAGUGGAGGGUGGGACCGUAGGGAGCGUGAAGUCAACCCCUUUGAGAACGCUGACGCUGAGCCGGAGCCUGCGUUUACUGAGCAGGACAACACUGGGAUUAACUUUGAUGCUUACGAAGAUAUCCCGAUUGAGACUAGUGGGGAUAACGUGCCUCCUGCUGUCAACACGUUUGCGGAGAUUGAUCUCGGGGAGGCUUUGAAUCUGAACAUCAGGAGGUGCAAGUACGUGAAGCCGACGCCGGUGCAGAGGCACGCGAUUCCUAUAUUGCUUGCGGGGAGGGACUUGAUGGCUUGUGCUCAGACGGGGUCUGGGAAGACGGCUGCGUUUUGUUUUCCGAUAAUUAGUGGGAUUAUGAAGGAUCAGCAUGUAGUGCAGAGACCUCGUGGCUCACGGACUGUUUACCCUCUUGCGGUUAUUCUCUCGCCAACAAGGGAGUUGGCAAGUCAGAUACAUGAUGAGGCUAAGAAGUUUUCUUACCAAACUGGUGUGAAGGUGGUUGUUGCUUAUGGAGGAACACCUAUUAACCAGCAGUUACGGGAACUUGAGCGAGGGGUUGAUAUUCUUGUGGCGACUCCUGGUAGACUAAAUGAUUUGCUCGAGAGGGCUAGAGUCUCUAUGCAGAUGAUUAGAUUCUUAGCUCUUGAUGAGGCUGAUAGGAUGCUGGACAUGGGUUUUGAGCCACAGAUUAGAAAGAUUGUGGAACAAAUGGACAUGCCUCCGCGUGGUGUUAGACAGACGCUUUUGUUUAGUGCUACUUUUCCAAGAGAGAUUCAGAGACUCGCAGCUGACUUCUUAGCAAACUAUAUAUUCUUGGCUGUGGGUAGAGUAGGUUCAAGUACUGACUUAAUUGUCCAAAGGGUUGAGUUUGUCCUUGACUCUGACAAGAGAAGUCAUCUCAUGGACCUUCUUCAUGCUCAGAGAGAGAAUGGCAUGCAAUCCCUGACCUUAGUCUUUGUGGAGACGAAGAGGGGAGCCGACUCUCUGGAAAAUUGGCUGUGCAUCAAUGGGUUCCCAGCAACCUCCAUUCACGGUGACAGAUCACAGCAGGAAAGAGAAGUGGCGCUGAAGUCAUUCAAGAGCGGGAGAACACCGAUUCUGGUUGCAACGGACGUGGCAGCGCGUGGUCUCGACAUUCCCCACGUGGCUCACGUCGUGAACUUCGAUCUACCGAACGACAUUGAUGACUAUGUUCACCGUAUUGGACGAACAGGACGUGCUGGCAAAUCAGGACUAGCGACUGCCUUCUUCAACGACGGCAACACCUCGAUGGCAAGAUCUCUCUCUGAACUGAUGCAAGAAGCUAACCAAGAAGUCCCUGCAUGGCUCUCGCGGUAUGCGUCGCGUUCCUCCUUUGGUGGUGGUAAGAACAAGCGGUCUGGUGGUCGGUUUGGUGGGCGUGACUUUAGAAGGGAAGGUUCUUACAUUAGAGGAGGUGGCGGCGGUGGUGGUGGUUACUAUGGCGGUGGCGGAGGCGGCGGCUAUGGCGGUGGAUAUGGAGCUCCAAGUGGUGGAUAUGGUGGAGAAACUCCAAGUGCGUGGGACUAAGCGCUUAAUGUUUUUUUUGUUUUGUUUUGGUUAUAAACUUUUGACUAUUUAUCUGUCUUCUACAUUCCCAAAGAGAGAGUAUGUAUUGCCCCUUACACUUAUGAGAUGGAUGAAUAUAUAUAUAACUAAGGUUGCUGUUUAGGUGCUUUUGAUC